AUGGCAGACAGAUCAGCCACUCUAUUAGGAACAUUACGCUUUUUGGUUGCGGCUGAUUAUCUCAGUGUCUUGGGCAUCGUGCAGCGCUGCUAUGAUUUCCUGCAUGAGCAGCUCUGCCUCAACAACUGCAUUGGCCUUCUUAAAAUCGCCGAUGUCUACUGCGUAAACGAGCUGCACCAGUCUGCAUUCAACUUCAUCUUGAAAAACUUUAAGGAGGUUGCCAUCAGCUCAAACGAGUUCCCAGAACUAAGUCUUGAACAACUUUCUGACAUCAUACAGCAGGAUGAGCUGAAUGUCAGAGAAGAGGAUGUGGUGUUUGACGCCAUCCUCCGGUGGAUCGAGCACGAGCCUGCCACCCGAGAGGCCCACAUUUCAGCUCUGUUGCCCAAGAUUCGGAUGGCUCGUAUGGAUCCGGAGUACUUUAUGAAGAUCGUCAAAGCCAACGAUCUGGUGAAGGCCAAUGCGGCGUGCAGGCCAAUUAUCACUGAUGUCAUGAAGGUCAUCUAUGAUCUUCAUGAUGAAAGUCCAUUCUCUGAUUUUGAGAACCCACUGAUCCGCCCGCGCUUGCCCUCUGACAUUUUGCUGGCUGUUGGUGGAUGGAACAUGCGCACGACAAACUGCAUUGAUGCAUAUGACACACGGGCCGACCGCUGGGUGGAUAUCACGCAGGAGGAGCAGAGCAACCUAGCUGGUCAUGGCACGGUGUACCAUGAUGGGUUUGUGUACUGCAUUGGGGGGUUUGAUGGGCAAAAUUUCAUCAAUACCUUGCGCAGAUACGACCCGAUCACACGAGCAUGGCAGCAGAUGGCCCCCAUGCACUGGCAUCGAUGUAAUGUUAGUGUGGUCGUGCUCGAUGGGCUCAUCUACGCCAUGGGUAUUGGUUUCAGGCCCCUCAACAUCGUAGAGUGCUACAACCCAAUAACCAAUGAAUGGACCCAGAUCGAGCACAUGAAUGAGAGGAGAAACGAUGCCAGCGCCACCACCCUGAAUGGCAAGCCUUGGAGUCACGGCGUAUAA